AUGACCAGUAUUCAGCCCUUUGAAGCCACAGAUCUGUUCAAUUUGAAUGAAGUGAACCUGGAUAUACUGACAGAGAACUUUCCAUUAGAUUUUUACUUUGAAUACCUUAUCCUGUGGCCUGAACUAUUCUUCAAAAGUACCGAAUUGACUUUAAAAGAUGAUCGUCGAAAUAUUUCAGGGUAUAUGAUGGCUAAGACCGAAGGAAGAGGUCAAUUAUGGCAUUCGCAUAUAACUGCUGUUACUGUGGCCCCAACUUUUCGAAGAAUAUCGCUAGCGUCAAAACUUUGCGAAGCACUCGAGACCAUCACUGAUUCGCGACCUCAUGAAACCAAUUUCAUUGACCUCUUUGUCAAAUGUAAUAAUAGUUUGGCAGUAAAACUUUAUGAAAAGUUAGGUUAUAGUGUUUACAGACGAGUAGUUGGCUAUUACAACUCUAGUGAAGAUGGUUAUCCUUCCACACUGAAAAAUGUCGAUGAUGAUAAAGAUGCAUUCGAUAUGAGGAAAAGCAUGCCCAGAGAUCAAGGUCGUAGUGUAAGAAUCGAUGGUAGAAAGCAUAAAUGUUAUCCUCACGAUGUAAGGUUUUGA